AUGUCAGUUCUGAAUGCCAUGGGUCAACUUUUGAUUAUGAAUAUUUUUCACGAAUUACGUCGUGUCGUAUAUGUAAACUUGCCGGUUAUCAUUUAUGAAGCUUCACUUGCUGUUACGGUUGAUAACAUGAAUAAAAGAAGAAGAAUCAGAAAAAUGAGAACUUUUGAAGCGUUAAAAGUUUGA